AUGAGUGUGGAAAUGGAUGAAGAUGACGACUUUUACGCCCCUGAAGAACCAGUUGCGCCCCCAGUACCAGUAGCAGCACCAACAAAUUCCACAACCGCAUCCGCCGCAGCAGCAGCUAAGCCAGCAGCUGCCAAGAACGAAGAUGAGGACCUGGAAGAAGGAGAGGAGGAGGAUGAAGGUGGCGCCAUGGAUGAGGAUGAGGAUGAUUCUGAUAUUGACAUUAUCACCGAACGCAAAGACGGCACAAGUGCUGCCCCGCCAUCACAGUCCAAGUACAGCGAAAUAAGGAGCAUCCCCCAAAGAUCAGUAGCGACAGACGGAGCAGCUCCGCCAAAACCAGCCCCCAACAAAAAGGAGGACACCGUCAAGGGAUCGGAUCUCCCUCCAGUCACCAAGUCCAACUUUGACCCCUACGCCAUCCCUGAACACAAGCCUACCGGCAAGCCUUUGACUCAAGUAAAUAUAGAUGAGGAUCUCGGCGAGGAUGCCGCGCCCUGGCGCAAGCCCGGCACCGACAUUAGUGACUACUUCAACUACGGCUUUGACGAGUUCAGCUGGGCUAUCUACGCACAGAAGCAGAAUCAGCUGCGCUCCGAGUACAGCGCCGACGCCAUGUCCCAGAACAGCAAGAAGAUGAUGGAAGACCUAAACAUGAUGAUGAUGGGAGGCAUGCCCGGCGGUGGUCCAAUGGCGGGUGGCAUGCCCGGAAUGGAUGGCGGCGGUGGCAUUCCCCCCGAGAUGCAGGCCAUGAUGCAGCAGAUGAUGGCUUCGGGGAUGGACCCAAGUCAGAUGGACCCGGCAACAAUGUUUGCUGCAAUGCAGGGAGGCGGUGCUGGGGGCGGGCCUGGAGGUGGUGGGCAAGGUGGUGGAAACCAGAACUUUGGCGGUGGUCAGGGUUUUGGCGGUGCCCAAGGCCAGGGCUACGGAUAUGACCAGCAGCAGGGAAUGGGCGGUAGGGGAGGUUUCAGAGGUCGGGGCGGCAGGAGGUGGUAA